AUGGAGCACUUCCAACUUCUCGACGAGGACGUGGCCAGCCUGAUUCUCCGCCAUGGCUUCCUCGACAUCGAAGACUUACAGGUCGUCACCGCCGAAGAGGUCGAAAAUGCAGCCGCCUUAGCGCUCCAGAUGGCCGAACCGGAGGAACUAGUGGCGAUUGCGGUGCGGCAGAGUGUGCAUCAACAUCAUCCUCACUUACACCCGGCAAUCCCCAUAAGACCAGCCGCUCAACAACCACGGGAAGAAGUUGAUGACCCCGAGGACCCUGACCCAGGCGCUUACAUCAACUGGCAGGAACGCAACCGCCUACUGACAGACAGCCCGGCCGAGUCGGACCACGAGUCGCAGCAGGGGGGCGAGGACUGCAUCAUCUGCUCCGCGGGCCGCGAGCCCAAGAUCCAGCUCCCGUGCGGAUGCUGGUUCUGCGCGCACUGCCUCAGGGCCUGCAUCCGCGCCGGGCUGAGACAGGGCGGCUGGCCCCCGAACUGCUGCGAGCCGUUGGGGGAGAACACCGUCAGACGGGUCCGCAGACCGGCGUUGCUGAGGUUGUAUCGCCAGGUCAGGGAGGAGCAGGAGACGCCGGGCGAUCGCAGGGUUUACUGCUCCAGACCCGAGUGCGCGGCGUUCAUACCGCCCGCCGGAGCGCACGUCGACGGCGACGCGAUGAGGUGUCCUGCCUGCGGGGAGGGGACGUGUCGCGGGUGCAGGGCCGCCGCGCAUCCUGGACGGCCGUGCCGGGAGGAGGAGGAGGACGAGAUGUUGAUGGACAUGAUUGACCAAGACGGUCUGUCGAGCUGUUCGAGGUGUAGGAGGAUCAUCGAGUUGAGGGACGGGUGCAAUCACAUGACAUGUGAGUGUGGUCAUCAGUUCUGUUAUCUCUGCGGGUCGGCGUGGAAUGGGAGAUGCCCCAGGGGUUGUCCUGCGUACGGCGCCCGCGAGCGCCGCGUUCCCAUGCGUCAGAGGGCGGUCAGAUAUCAACAGGCGCGCAAUCGGAUUGUUAUACCGGCGGAUGCGGUUCAAGGAGGGCCAAAUCCUGAUCUACCUCCCAACGUCGUUCUUCCGCCUCAUAUGAUUGUACCCCCAAUACCUCCCGACGUAGACCCUAUGAACUUCGACCCUACCUUUGGAGGCAUGUUACCGGUCAUUCCAUGGGACAGGCUGCCCCGAGGGGCGCGGCAAGCUGCGAUGCACUUACCCCCUGAACUUGCCGACAUGGUGCCCGUGGUGCCUUUGGACGACUUACCCCGGGCCGGGCGUGUACGGAUGCCAAAUCACGAAGAACUCGGACCGAGGCCGGGAGACCCGCCUGCGGCGAUGCCUCGACUGGCACAACUGAGAAAUCCAGAACCCGUCAUGCCAGGACCUGAGAUCGCGGCUGACGCACCGGCAGCAGCAGCGGUACCCGCAGGCCAGCGACGAUACUUCAUCAUGCUCUUCUACCCAGACGGACAAAACACACAUCUCGGCGACCCGAACUGGCGACGCGACAGCGAAGCCAACAGACGUCGAAUCCGGCAGGGCGUCGCGGACGAAGGGCGGGUGUGGCCGCUGUACGCCAUCGAGGAGGAGGAGAACCCGCGGUGCCGGCACCAGCUGCACGCGCAGUGGGAGUGGCAGGCGGACCCGGACCCGCCGUGUCUGUACUGCCGGCUGCGGGACGGCCGGCAGCUCUGGCGGUGCCGGAUAUGCGGGGUCACGGCGUGCGACGCGCACCGGUUCAUGCGGUUCGGGCUGACGCUGGGACAGGCGAACGCGUUCGUGGAGAGGUUGCGGGACCGGACGACGGUCGAGAACGACUUUCGGUACCCGCGGGCCAACGCGGCGGGGAUCGAGCGGUGGGAUCUGUUCCUGCAGGGCCGGGAGAGGAGGAGGAGGCGGCGGCAGGGGCGGCAGAGAGGUGAGUUUGGUUGGGGUCUUGCGGAUGUUUUCUGA